ACCCAUUACCAUAUCGAUUGGCUCAAGAAUUCUUUGCUCGCCCUUUGCUUCCUCCUCUUCUUUCACCCCUAGAUGUAUGGCGUGUUGUCGACGAAGAUCCCGUCGCCUUCAUCCCUGAAGCCAUUUUCGUUGCUAUUGACUUGACUUCUCUCGAGAAUGUCGAGCUCUAGUUACCUGCAUGAGUCGGGUCAACACCGCUCUUUGCGGGACCGUAUACUCGGCAUCUUUUAUUCCUCUCCACCGAAUCGCUCGGAGAAUACCACGCAUAGUCGUGAUGACUCCAUCGAUGAAUCGACAACCCAAAUUCCCGAUGCCAGAACCCGUCUGUUAGAGUCGUAUAACCGCCCAGAUCCUGUAGGCGGUUCAAGAGAAUCAUACAACCACGGCACCUUCUCUCCCCAGAUACACGAGGGGGAUGCUCGCUAUAUGGAUAUAGACUCGAUGCGGGACGCUGGGAAUGGGGGCGGCACAGGCCGCGGAGGGGCGUUCACACAGAAUCAGACUCCCAGCGGAGCUUUGGACGGGGCACAAGGGCCGGAGAACAUGCCUUCGAUGCACUCAUCCAUUUCAGGGUUACCCGUCCACAACCAUAAAAAACUUUAUAUCUCGUAUUACAUUCCCUUCUUCAACUGGAUUACCCAGUAUCGCUUAUCGUUCCUUCGGGGAGACUUCAUCGCCGCAUUGACUGUUGGGUCAAUCUACAUUCCGAUGGCACUAUCCUUGUCAUCCAAUCUCGCCCAUGCUCCUCCGAUCAACGGGCUAUACUCCUUUGUGAUUUGUCCUUUCAUAUACGCCAUCCUGGGAAGCAGCCCUCUGCUGGUAGUCGGACCUGAAGCGGCUGGAUCCUUGCUUAUAGGCACGAUCGUGAAGACCAGCGUCAAACAAGGAGAAUCGAAUGAGGAAGAUGGCAUCGCAAAUGCUAUGGUUGUGGGGGUAGCUACGGCCAUGGCCGGGGCGAUGAUCCUCGUUGCUGGCCUCACGCGGCUUGGAUUUUUGGAUAAUGUGCUCAGCCGACCUUUCCUGAGAGGCUUUAUAACUGCUAUUGGCUUCGUCAUCGUCGUGGAUCAGCUGAUUCCGGAGGUUGGUUUGGCUGAACUGGCUAAGGAGGUUGGUGUGAGCCACGGAAGCACGGUGGAUAAGCUGGUAUUCUUCGUAACGAAUAUUCGUGAAUGCCACGGCCUUACCGCCGCGGUCUCCGGCUGUAGCUUCUUCGUUAUCAUGUUAUUCCGGACUCUGAAGAAGUUCAUCGAACCACGGUUCCCCCAUGUUGUUUAUGUCCCAGACCGCAUUCUCGUGGUCAUUCUAUCCGCGGUCUUGACAUGGCACUUUGGCUGGCAUGAGCGUGGGCUCGAGAUCCUGGGCCCGACCAAGAAUACCGCCGCGGGGGUGUUCAAGUUCGAGUGGCCUUUCCAGUUCAAGCACGUGAAGCAUGUGCGCACUGCGAUGAGCACAUCCUUCAUCAUCGCCCUCCUUGGCUUCUUCGAGUCCUCCGUGGCCGCUAAAGGACUGGGCGAUACGAAACCGGAUGGAGUGCAGGGAAUCUCCGUCAGUGCUAACAGGGAAAUGGUGGCGCUGGGCGUUGCUAACGUUGGUGCUGGCUGUUUCAUGGGACUUCCCGCGUUCGGUGGAUACGGCAGAAGCAAGGUCAAUGCUUCUACUGGAGCUCGUUCUCCGAUGAGCAGCAUAUUCCUGAGUAUCAUCACAUUUGUGUCCAUCAUGGUGCUCUUGCCCUACCUCUACUAUCUGCCGAAAGCCGUUUUGUGCUCCAUGAUUUCCGUGGUCGCCUUCAGCUUGAUCGAAGAGUGUCCUCACGACGUGGCCUUUUUUAUCCGUCUACGCGGGUGGUCAGAGCUCGUCCUGAUGCUCCUCAUCUUCGUUUCAACGAUCUUCUAUUCUCUGGAGCUGGGAAUUGCCCUCGGAAUGGGCCUAUCUAUAAUAAUCCUGGUCCGCCACUCCACCCAGCCUCGAAUCCAGAUUCUCGGCAAGAUCAUUGGCGCCCCCGAUCGAUUCGAAAGCGCCGAACUGCACGCCGAAGAAGUGGAACUCGUCGAAGGUGCCCUGAUCGUCCGGAUCCCGGAACCACUCACGUUCGCCAACACGGGAGAUCUCAAGAACCGUCUCCGCCGUUUGGAGCUGUAUGGAACCAGCCGGGCGCACCCGUCCCUCCCUCGCAUGCGGUCCCCCGAGCACAACAAGAACGUAAUCUUCGACGUCCACGGCGUGACUAGUAUCGACGGCUCCGGAACCCAGGUUCUGUACGAGAUAGUAGACGGCUAUGUGAAAGUCGACGCGAGCGUCUACUUCUGCCGUCUGCAAAACCGCGGUGUCUUUCGCAUGUUUGAGAGGAGCGGUAUCGUGGACCGAUGCGGCGGAUUGGCGCAUUUCCUCCCUAGCGUGGACGAGGCGCUCAAGCUUGCGGAGUCUGAAGACCGUGGCCGGGAUGUUUGAGUGUUCUCGGGAAACGGCCUCGGUGGUGUAUGGCCCAGUUUUCUGGUACAACCACGUCCUGUUAUGACUUGAAGACCUUGCAUCCGUUUUUGAGCGAUGGAAAUUUGUCUCU